CUCUGAGAUGACAGACUGACUCAACAAAAUGGUUUCACACACAGACUCGGCUUUAAAGAGCUCUUCCUCUAUAUGCUACUGGGGUGUGUGUGGUGUGUAUGCGCGAAGGAACUGAUUCCAGACACAGAUGCAGAGAGACCCACCGGUCAAUCACCUACUCCAUGGGAAGCUCACAUUUAACAACAAGAAACACGAGUUCCGCAACAAACCCGUCAAAACUGGAGGGGUCAUGGUUGUACCUGAAGGAGCUGAAAUGAUGCCCAGAGCCGGUGCAGAUUAUCCCAUGCUGUCUAGUCCUGCUUUUUCUGCCAUAUCAGACCACAGAAAGAUCAAAUUGCACCAUGAUAUGAAGGAGCCAAAUAAAGACAGAGAACAUGGUGCGGGAAAGGGCCACAAAAACCAAACACCGAAUACAGAGCACAGAGAACACAAGAUCACUGAGAGUAAAAGAACGUCCAAAGAGAGACAGCAUGAAAAAGAGAAGUCCACACUGGAGCUGCCAUCUUCUUCCUUUAUAGGGAAGAGCACAGAGUAUUGGGGGAAGACAGAGGGCAAAAACUUGACCAAAGUGGCCUAUAAAGAACCCAAAAUCAGCAGAAGAGAGCUCCGAGGUGGAGGGCAGGUGGAUUUACAAGGUGUAAGCAAACGUGCUUCAUCUACAACAGAGUCAUCAGAUCUGAGCACCAAAAAGCUGAAAAGCUUAAAGGGGUGUAAAGAAAGAAGCUCUGUUACAGUCUCCUCCCGUGUCUCCUCAACUUCCACCACAACCUACCUGGAGAAGAAAGGAAUGAAGGAAACAAGCCACUGGAUAAAAGUCAAACAUGAAAUUCCUGUAGUGAUGAGAAGCAACAGCUCGAAUUCCAAUUCAGAAGAGGAGAUUUUGUCUAGAUCUGUGUCAUUUCAGUCCAGGUCAUCCAGUUCCUGCUCUUCUUCCAGCCCUGAUUCUGAGUUUGAGCCUUUGCAGAUGCAAAGACAAGGACCUUUGCACUCCAUGGUGGAACAUCUGCAUUCAGUGCACUCUGAUGAUUACAGAAACCCAGUGGUGGAGACAGCUAUGAAGGCCAAAGCCACAAUCCAGGACUCACGUUUGUUCAGGAACAGUGACAGUGAUGAUGUUGAAGAGUCUUACCCACACAGCCAGGACGCACCAUCACCCAAACUCAAUACAAAAAGCCUUAGGAUGUUGGAGAAGAAGAAUUCAGAUUCCUGCAAAAAUAAAAAGGUUUUCAAGGAUGACAAGGUAGAAAGGGCUUACACAGAAGAGCUGGUGGACCUCCAUCGCAGACUGAUGGCUCUGAGAGAGAGGAACAUUUUACAACAGAUAGUAAACCUUAUUGAAAAGACAGGACACUUCAACAUCACCAAAACCACAUUUGACUUCGAUCUUUUCUCCUUGGAUGAACCCACUGUGCGGAAAUUACAGAGCUACCUGCAGACCAAGGGGACAUGACAAAAAGAAAAGCUUUAUGUCUCAGUUAAAUACCGGCAUGUACACACCGCAGUAAUAAAUGUGAUGAACAUGAGGAGGGUUUGAAGGCGGGAGUAUGUUUUUGCACUACAGCUGAAAAAUCUGAGCAU